GAUAACAUCAGUCGUGAUGGCUCAGAUGAAUAUGGCGGCUAUGAUAGAGCCAUACCGCAAAGGAGCAUCCUUUUCCGAUUGGGUGGAACGUCUUGGUUACUUUUUCGCUAUGAGCAAUGUAGCGGAGGAUGCAAAGAAAUCCCAUUUCAUAACCCUUAGCGGGCCAUCGGUGUUCUCGGAACUCAAAUUGCUUUUUCCAAAUGCUAGUCUAACCGAUAUUUCAUAUGAAACAAUGAUUGAAAAACUUAAAGCACGGUUUGACAAAGUUGAAUCUGAUAUUAUACAGAGAUUUAAAUUUAAUAAUCGGAAGCAACAUCCUGAUGAGUCUGCGGAGGAUUUUGUCCUGGCUAUAAAACUUCAGGCAGAGUUUUGCAAUUUUAAAAAUUUCAAGCAUGAAGCAAUUCGGGAACGUAUUGUUGCUGGUCUGAGGGAUGAAGCCCUUCAGCAGCGUUUGUUGAAUGAACAAAAUUUAACCCUUGAAUCGGCAGAAAAAUUAAUUGCUACUUGGGAGAUGGCAGGGGCCAACGCUAGAUCUUUGGGAAUCGGUGUCAAUGCUGGUCAGAUUGCUUCUUUGAAUAAUGACUUUAAGAGGCCGCGCCCUUCCACUCUUGAAAAACUUGCUAAAACGUUGGCAAAUGCUAAGGCGGGUGAUCGACCUUCUCGACCUGCAGGAACAAGACAAUCGGUAAAAAUCCGAUUGGGAUUUCAACCAUAUUACUACAACGGAGAACAGGAGGACAAACAAAAAAAUUUCGCAGGUUUUCGCCCGGCUGAAUGGAGGGCUGGACAGGAUCGCAAUCGUAGCGAGAGUCGUGUCUGCGACUUUUGCGGAAUAAGAGGACAUUUGAAGAGGAAUUGCUUCAAAUUGAAAAAUCAACGCAGGGAUAUGGUUCAGUUUGUGGAUUCUAAAACAGGACCAAGCAGUUUAAGUGAGCUGUUCAACCGUUUGGAAACGAAUGCUUCAGACGUUGAUGACGAUAACGACAGGAAUGAUUCAGAUUCUUGUUGGAAAGACCGUGGUCGUAGCCCAUCGAAAGCAACUGCGUGUAGCGAAGGCGAGUGUUGAGUUAGUACGACUGACUGCGAUUAUUUCCGCAUCAACACAGCAUCCUAUAAUGGCUACAGUGCAGGAAGACAGCGAACUGGAGUUCAGGGGAUUCCCUGAGGUCGAAACGAGAAGCCGGAAAAUCGGAAAAAGGAAAAUCGAAGCGGUGAACUCACCACUUCGUCAACUCUGGCGUUCAAAGAGAAUAACGAAGUAAAAGGUGGAUAAUGAUUUCAUCUAUAGAAGAAAUUAAGUUAAACUUAAAAAUGCGAGAAAAAAGUUCAGUUUAAAACAAAAACAGGAUAAAAAAAAAUUAUACUGUGAAUUAUAAGAAAGUUGAUCAAUAUCAAUUUCGGAUUAUCUAUAGCUGAUUGUUUUCAGUUUUCGAAUUUUAGUGGAGCUACUGUUUCCCCUCUAAGAAAAAAACGUCUAACAAGAGUCCUUCAUUGGUCCAAUUUGUUGGGCGACAGUCCAACAAACGUCCAAAAAAACGUCCAACGAACGUUCAAUGAAGGACCUGCAAAAGGCGAUUUUGCAACACUUUUUGGACGUCGAGCAGUGUGACAGCUCGAUCGUUUCGUUCAACAAAUUGGACCAAUACGGGUCCACCGUUGGACGAUUUUUUGUAUAGAGCGAUGGACGUUUGUUGGACCACCGCUUUUGGAAAUUUGAGGUUAUGGUACUUUGUUUACUUUUUUAAAAUAACAUACGAAUCUUAACGCACUUUUAGAAUACUUUAUUGUUUACAAUAUUUUAUACUUAUUUUAUAAUUUUAGAAUAUUCUUAUAUGCUAAAUUUAUUAUUUUUACAAUGUUCUUACGUAGAAUUAUAUCCGCCACUGAACAGAAAUAAAAGAAAUAAUGAACAAUGCGAUUUCGCUGAGCUUGUGCUUGCAUGCGGUGUUUAUUCUGGUAAGCACUAUGAAUGUCCAGCUCGUACUGCAGUCGGUCCUUCAACUGAUGGCAUUCGACUUCCUGACUUUCAUCGAAUCGUAAGCUUUGCUUCUGUAGCAUAUCGGCAAUGAUUUGUUCACACUGAAGAAAAACAAUGUGUCAAUUAUUAACGCUGAUGCUAAUCUCAGAUAGUACUCACCGGAUCACCCAGUAACGUUAACCCUCCGGAAGUCGCGCAUAUGGCCCUCUGAACGAGCAGCCACUGAUGCUCUAAGACGAUUUCGCUAGCUUCUCAGACUAGCGAGCAUUCAGUGCACUAGUGUGACUACUUGCUCUUCUUAAGCCUCCGCUUACUUUGUUAUCUUUUGAAUCCUAGAGAAAACGGAGAAGUACAAAU